AUGGAAAGAUCGAGGUGCCAAACCAGUCCUACUACUAGCAACAUUCACGAUCCAAGGGAAGAAACAACUGUUCUCAGAACAAAUGCCCAAGUGAAUCGUGAAGAAGUUAUUUGUCCAAGUGCGGUAUCAGAUUAUAAUAAAUAUAUGCUGGGUGUGGACAAGUUUGAUCAGAUCAUGUCUCCAUAUAAUGUCUCUUGGUAA